AUGAGCAGGCCUCCAGCAACAUCGCGCAAGCUCAGGCGUGUGCUGGUGCUACUGGCGCUGUUCUUGGUGUGUGAGCGAGCAUCGCAGACGGCGCGGGCUUUGCUUGGAGCGGGGGCCGCGCCCUUUCCAAGGUCGGUUCCUCCGGGAAUUUGGGCACGGAACUUUCUCGUUGCACGCAGGGCUGAGGCUGAUGGCCCUUUGGACCGUGGUGAGGCCGAAGACCAUGAAGACGUCAAGGGGCCUUUGGAACCUCGUGACAGCAAAAGCAAGGCCCCCUCAGAAAAGGAUCAGGAUGAGGUGGAAGAGGCGACGACCGAGGCAUUGCAGGCCAAAGCCAGCUUCGAUCAGGCCGACUGGCUAGACAAGACAGCUGAAGAGAUCCAGUCGCUUGGAGUUGAGGAGGUCGGUUCUUGGGUCAGAGCGGCCUUGGAAGAGGCGAGCUUCGACGAGGAAGACGAGGAGGUUGUGCAGGAGAUUACAAAUACUCUGAAGGGUGAGAAGAUCAACGGCGCCGCGCUGCUGCUGUUGAAAUCGGACGACAUGAAAGAAUUGAAGAUUCCCAUGGGGCCGCGCAAAGUCCUGGCAAGUCGCAUCGCCGCCGUGUCAAAGGCGACGGCCAAGGUUGAAAGCACUUUGACAGACAUGGCAUUGGUGGUGAAAGCAGCGGUAAAGGAAGCAAUGUUCACCGGGCUGACGGUCUCUCGGACUGCUCUGUGGAAAGACGCGUAUGGACCCGACACCAAAGAUCAAGAACUACGGGAACGCACUGGCGAGCCUGUCCUUGAUGCCAAACAACUAAGCAGUCUUACCGGGCAGAGCACGGAGAAGGACCUGGUGGCUUUCACUUUGCCCAUCUUGAGAUCGUUGUUCCCAGAGGACCAGAUCGUCGACUCGCAAAAUUGCCGUUGGCCUGGAAGCGGCUUGUCACCUGAUUUGUUUCGAUGUAUGGUGUGCAAUGGCAAUGCAGCUAGUGGCACGCCGUACAAGGAGAUGCUCGAUUGUGUGUCUGUCUUUGAAGCGAAGUUGGCGAUCAAGGAUGACAGCCGUGGUCAGCUGUAUGAGUAUCUAUGUCGCCUUCCUUCCAAGCAUGCAAGGGGCAUGAUAUUCGAUAAAAGCGGCUUUGAGCUGUACCACGUGGCUGGGCAACCUGGGAGCCGCAAAGCGCUCUUAGAAAGGCUUUGUGGGGCUUGGUCCGCUCCUGGAGGGAAAAAGCUCCUGCGUGAUUUUCUUUCUCACUACUCUCCAUGGGAACGGUUGUUGCGCCAAUCUCUGCGACAGGCUGGUGCUGUUCCCGUUGCUUUCCUAGGCAGCGGAGCAUUCGGACGUGUCUUGGAAGCGCAACGCGAGCGAAAUGAGAAAAUUGAAAGGAUUGCCAUCAAGGCCGUUCUUGCAGCUGGCGUGCCAGACGGAUUCAGCCCCGGAGCGGAGGUCGAAGUCAUGAAGAGGGCCCUUCAAGCGGGCUGCCCAGUAGUGGCUCCUUCAUCAGACUGCAUCGAGGUCGUAGAAGGCGCCAAGGUUCUGGGAUGGUUUCACAUCCUGCGUGAUGUUGGUACCCCGGUACCAUUGGACAUGGCCCAGGCGAGGUGGCCAGCAUUGGUCGAAGCCUUGCGCCAACUACACCUGAAUGGCUUCGUCCAUGGAGACCCACGCCUCGCAAACGUAGUUUUGCUUGGUGAAAACUUUACGUGGAUCGAUUUUCUGGGACAACCAGUAUUCACUGGGGCUUCGCAGGAGACGGACAUUCAGAUCCUCAUGACUGAUCUGGUUGGCCAAAAAGACCCGGUUCAGUUUGGCCCGCAGUUUGACGGAUGGCCACACAGUUCAGCCUUCAUCGAUAAUGUGCUGCUGCCAUUGAUGUCUUCUGUCACACGCUGA